AUGCAAAUCGUGUUGAAAUUCAAUGACAGAAACACUAUUCCAACGACCAAUUUCUACCGCAAAUUGCCAGAAUCCAGUGACUCAAUCAAGUAUAAGGACACAACCCAGCUUCGUUCAGUGGCUGUGAUUGGCGAGGGUAGACUAGGGGCAUAUCAUAGGUCGGGGUCGAGGUCAAGAGAUGUUGGGUCUGGGCUGGGGUUUGAGGGGGUUGGGUCUGGGUCGGGUCUAGGAUCGAGUUUGGGGUUAGGGGCUAGGGGUACUAAGGUUACGCGGGAUAAGAGAGCUUCUAGGUUGCGAGUUGGGUCUUGGAACAUUGGUUUGGACGAAGAAGAGAAGAAGGAAUUCUGGAAGGUUUUAGAUGAGGUGAUGAGGAGCAUCCCGCGCACUGAGAAGUUUUUUAUGGGAGGGGAUUUCAAUAGGCAUAUUGGGUCUUUGUUGAGAGGGUAUGGUGAUGUGCAUGGUGGUUUCAGUUUUGGUGAGCGGAAUGAAGGAGGAACUUUUCUGUUGGAUUUUUCUAGGGCUUUUGGGUUGUGGAUAGCAAAUUCGAGCUUUCUGAAGAAGGAGGAUCACCUUAUUACAUUUCGUAGUUAG